AUGGCCACCUUUUCAAACAGCGAGGAGCUGACACCGCUCGAUCUGCUCAUGCCAAAGGUCUACAUCACGGCACUUCUCACAUUCCCCACCGGCGAACCUACCUCAGUCCUUCAUGAAAACAUUCAAAAUGGCGUGGAAAAGCUUUCAGCUCAACUUCCUUGGAUCUCCGGCCGGGUGUUUUCAUCAACUGUCGACAACCGACCCUCCCUCAAAAUGUGUUGGAAUGCAGACACCGUACCCGACUUGAUCGACAGAGGCUCCGUCGAACAGUCCUACGCGGAACUCGCUGCCUCAAAUAUGCCACUGGAUGCUUUCCCACCAAGACUGCAACCGAUCUCAGUGAUGACCGAGCAUAAUCCAGCGGAAAAGGGAGCACCGGUGUUUGCUGUCAGUUACUUCCGAUUUGGAGAUGACAAAGGGCUUGGAUUGUACAUAUCGAUGCACCACAACGUCGUUGAUGCAACUGGAUAUACACAAGUCGUGGGGUUACUCGCUGGAAGUAUUGCGGGUGAAAAGCCAAUUCUCUUGAAUACGUCAGACAGAGUCCGUCGACUCUCGCGUGCGCUUUCCCCUGACAUGGGCUCAACAUCUGAAUCGCCAGAAGCACUAUUCAAUUCCCACCCGGAAUAUUCUCCUUCUCCUCCAGUAUUCCCAACUGAGUUCCCUUCUUGUACAUCCAAGAUCUUCAGCAUUCCAAUCUCGCAACUCGAUGUCCUGAAAGGCCGUCUUGCUGAGAUCUUAUCCACCCCUCCAACCACCAACACUCUUCUCAGCGCACUCACCUGGUCCACAAUCACUCGUGCUAGACUUCAAAGAAGUAAAGACCUCUCGAGAAAAUCAAGCCAUUUGGCCAUGGCGGUCAACGGUCGUCGACGCAUCAAGGACCUCUCAAGCCCAAGUGAUCCCUAUUUUGGAAACACAGUCGUCUAUUCCCUGGCAUCCUUGCAAGCGGAGAGGCUGGGCGCGGCAAAUGAUGGCGAGUCUAUGCAGCACUUAGCUCAAGUGUGCCAAGUCGUUGCUGAUUCCCAAUCGGCGGAAAGAGUCAACUCGCAGCACAUCGCCGAAGUCUACCGUCUGGCAGAGUGCGCAGAAGACUAUAGGUCUAUUUUCGUUGGUUGGGAUCUCUUCGGUUCAACCGAUCUCACUAUCACAAGCUGGGCGGAUAUGGAUUUCUACAAAAUGAACUUUGGUGUGAAGCUUGGGAAGCCGGAAUUUUUGAGAAUGCCUUACAUGGAGGCUGAUGGUGUUGGACUUAUCCUUCCAAGGAAGCGGUCGGAGAAGGAAGUACUCGAGGUCAUGAUCAUGUUGCGCAGGGAUGAUAUGAGUGUGUUUGAGAACUUAUGGAGACCAUGA